AUGUUGUUAACAAAAGAAAAUACACUCGUUUUAAUUUCAUCUUUAACUUUCCUAAAAUCCACACAAGCUGUACCUACAGCAUCAUCACAUAUUCACCGUCGUUCGAACAAUGCUGGGACAUGUGCCUUCCCAGAAUACGAAAAUAUGGUUGCUGUCCAAACCAAUGGGACCAACGCGGGUUGGGCCAUGCAUUACGAUCAACUAUGUUCAUAUGGUUCAUGGUGUCCCUAUUCCUGUAAACCAGGUCAAUUAAUGGGACAAUGGGAUCCAAGCGUCACAACGUAUUCAUAUCCUGGAUCUCAAAACGGUGGACUUUAUUGUGAUUCUAACGGUGUCUUACAAAAGCCUAUUCCAGAAAAUGAUUAUUGUUAUGAUGGUAAAGGUACUGUAGUAGCAAUCAACAAUGUACAAGGUAGUGGCGAUGUUGCAUUUUGUCAAACUGUAUUGCCAGGUAACGAAGAAAUGUUAAUACCUACUUUAGUCAGCGAUAAUGAAACGUUAGCUGUUCCUGGGACUGAAUAUUGGGCAGGUACCGCUUCUCACUUUUAUAUUAACCCACCUGGUGUUAGUGUAGAUGAUGGUUGUAAGUGGGGAACGAAGGAAAAUCCAUGGGGUAAUUGGGCCCCAUACGUUGCUGGUGCCAAUAUGGAUAAGAAUGGUGAUACAUUUGUUAAGAUUGGUUGGAAUCCAGUUUAUUUGGAGGAAGCUACUCCUUUCAAGGAUGAAUUACCAACUUUUGGUGUUAGAAUUACAUGUGACGAUGAGUCUCAAUGUGAAGGGUUAGAAUGUUCUAUUACUCCUAGUAUCGAUGGUGUCAAUGGAGUAAGUAGUCCAGGUGCGGCUACAGGUGCUGGUGGUGGGAAUUUCUGUGUCAUUACUGCUAAGAAUGGUGCUAUUGCCAAAAUUGAAGUUUUUGAAGAUAAUGAAAAUUCCAUUCCUUCAUCCACUAAUGAAAAAAGAGAUUAUAUUCCGUAUGCGAACAAAACUGGAAUAAUAUCCUCAUUUAGUAAUAUAAGUAAUCAGACAACUACUCUCUCUCCUGCUCAUUCAACAGUAACGACGAUCAAAACAAUAACAGUUACUAUUUAA